GAGAAACCAUGCAGCGGUCAGAGGGCGGCUCAGAGUCGGCGUCCACUGUGGCGCUGAGAACCUCCACUUCGGCCCAGGCGCCGGUGGUUCAGCCCGUUCCCGCCUCGCAACAGGUCCAGCAGGUUCAGCAUGUGUACCAGUCCCAGGUGCAGUAUGUGGAGGGAGCAGAAGCAGUCUACCCCAAUGGCACAAUUCGAACUGCAUACUCGUACAACCCAGAGUCCCAGCUGUACGGACAGGGCAGCGGAAGCACCUAUUUUGACACUCAAGCAGGUGGUACUCAGGUUACCACCGUCGUCUCCUCUGCUGGCGGAGUGCCUGCCCACAGCAUGGUGGGAAUUGCCAUGGACGUGGGCAGCAGUCAGAUCAUUUCCAGCGGCAGCGCCUACUUGAUCCACGGAGGGAUGGAGAGCGGCCGCCACCAUACCUCUCACUCCUCGCGCUCCUCAUCCGCAAUGCUUGAAGUGGCGAUUGAAAACCUCCAAAAGUCAGAAGGGAUUGCCACUCACAAAAGCAGCCUGCUCAACAGCCAUUUGCAGUGGCUGUUGGACAAUUAUGAAACGGCUGAGGGUGUGAGUUUGCCGCGGAGCUCUCUUUAUAACCACUAUCUCAGACACUGUCAGGAGCAAAAACUGGAUCCGGUUAAUGCAGCCUCCUUUGGCAAACUCAUCCGAUCUGUCUUCAUGGGCCUUCGCACACGCCGACUUGGCACAAGGGGGAACUCAAAAUACCAUUAUUACGGUAUUCGUCUCAAGCCUGACUCGCCUCUCAACCGCUUGCAGGAGGACACACAGUACAUGGCAAUGAGACAACAACCUGUCCAUCAGAAACAGAGGUGGAAGCCGGUACAGAAGGUGGAGGGAAUCACUAACGGAAUGUCGUCAGGAUCCGGGCAGCAACAGCAGCAGCAGCAGAGCUCGGGUCUGUCGGAUAUCAGCACCCAGGUCCAGCAGUACCAGCAGUUUCUAGAUGCGUCCCGGGCUCUCCCAGAAUUCCCCGAUGUUGACCUGCAGGGUAGAGCUUUACCAGAGGGCAUUGAGCUGGAACAUCUUAAAAGCUUUCAGUUGCUCUACAGAGAACACUGCGAAGCCAUUCUGGACGUGAUGGUCAACCUUCAGUUCCCUUUGGUGGAGACUCUUUGGAAAACGUUUUGGAGGUUCAGUGAAAGUCAGGCAGGGGACUCGGCAACUCUAGCUGUGCAUGACGAGUCUGAGAAGAGACUGCCCAAGUCAUGUUUGGUGCUUCUCUGUAAAUAUGAUCCAGUGCUCCGCUGGAGUCGUGACUGCGACAACACGUUGUACCAGGGCCUGGUGGAGAUGCUCAUCCCAGACGUUCUGAGACCUAUUCCCAGUGCCUUAACACAAGCCAUCCGAAACUUUGCGAAAAGUCUUGAGAGCUGGCUGACCAACGCCAUGAUGAACAUUCCUGAAGAGAUGGUUCGUGUGAAGGUGACGUCUGCAAGUGCCUUCGCUCAGACCCUGCGCAGGUACACCUCUCUAAACCACCUGGCCCAAGCAGCUCGUGCCGUACUGCAAAACACGGCACAGAUCAACCAGAUGCUCAGCGACCUCAACAGAGUGGAUUUUGCCAAUGUGCAGGAACAGGCCUCCUGGGUGUGCCGCUGCGAGGAUCGGGUGGUGCAGCGGCUGGAGCAGGACUUCAAACUGACCCUGCAGCAGCAGAACUCUCUGGAGCAGUGGGCGGCCUGGCUGGAUGGGGUGGUCUCGCAGGUCUUAAAGCCCUACCAGUCUAGCUCUGCCUUUCCAAAAGCAGCUAAACUCUUCCUGCUGAAAUGGAGCUUUUACAGCUCUAUGGUGAUCAGAGACCUGACUCUUCGCAGUGCCGCAAGCUUCGGCUCGUUUCACCUCAUCCGCCUGCUGUAUGAUGAGUACAUGUACUACCUGAUAGAGCACAGAGUCGCCCAGGCCAAGGGUGAAACUCCCAUCGCUGUCAUGGGAGAGGUACAAGCACACUCACUGAAAUCUUUACCUAACCUCAGACACACUUCUCACUUCGGUGUGUAAGACCAAACAAACGUGCGUCACCCCUCUCAUAACAGGAUAUU